AUGUACGAACAGUGUAGAACAGAGGUGCAAAAAGUAAUAAAUAAAGAAGUCGAAACAAUCUGCAUUACCACUGACAAUUGGAUUUCGGCGGGAAAUGAUAGUUUUAUGGCUGUUACUGGGCAUUUUAUAAAUAAAAAUUUUGAUUUGGAAUCGAUUGUUUUGGACUGUGAAGUAAUUUUGAGUCCUUCCAAUAGUGAAAAUACAGCAUCUCAGUUGAAAAUUAUUACCGAUUCUUGGGGUAUUUCAGCUAAAAUCAAUUUAGCUGUUUCUGAUAACGCGGCUUACAUCAAGAAAGCCAUAUGCAGCAUACCUGCACAUCCGAAAUGUUUCCACCCUAGCUCCUGUGAUAUGGCUUUCUUGAUGUAA